UUUCCACCGAUCGCACUCGUCGAAGAAAAACACUGAUCGUGUCCCGUACAUAAUUAACAUCAAUUUUUUUCGUUGCUGUUGUUGUUGUUCGCCCUGUUGUUGUCUAACAGUAGGUCUUCUGGUGGCACUACUUCUUAUCGGUCUUUCAACGCUGAUCGCUAUGAUUUUCAUGAACAAAAUAUCUAAGACAAGUAAGUUUGCUUUCUUUUCGUCUGAAUCAUUGUGCCUUAUUUAAUGAUGUCCUGAAUGGAAACAAGCCGAAGAAUGAUCUCCACUUAUCCUAAAAAUAUUGCUUCCUUUCCUCGUUGUCAUACAAAUGUUUCAUGAGCAAUUUUUUGCAAUUUUGUCCACCUCAGAAUAUCCCUGAUGUUAUUGUUUACAUUGUAAACAGCAGUAACAGCGACGACGACUACAACGACAACAUCCACAAGUUAGUUAUUUGCUGUUCUGUUGAGAAAAACAAUAAUUCUUCUACUUGAUCUGUUAAGCGACAUCGUCUACAUCAGCUACCACCACAACAACAACAUCAACGACAACAACAAUAACAACAUCAACGACAACAUCAUCAUCAACAACAACAACAACGACAACAACAACAACAACAGCAACGACAACAACAAUAACAACAACAACGACAACAUCAACUACAUCAAUUACAAGCAAGUGUUUUUAA